AUGGAGCCUAAUGUUGAGGACAUGUGGAACACUCACGUCCACUGUUUCGACCCGGCUCUCUACCCAUUCAGAUCAACACGCACAUAUACGCCCCCUCCGGCUCCCCUAAAAGCUUUGGUCAAGCAAAGUCGAGCAUCUAGGCUAGUCUUAGUCCAAGCUUCUGUUGAAGAUGGGCCCGCUGGGUUGCUUGGCCACCUUCGCCGCAUUCGAGCCGAGUACCCCCACUUACUUGCUCGUGGCAUUAUGUGCAUGGAUGAAAAUUGGAUAAAGUUAACCCAGGAGGAUUUUACUACCUUGCAUUACUUUGGUGUCCGAUAUUGUCGCAUUCAUGGCUUUUUGGGUGGAGGAAAAACGGAUACUGCUAGUUUGCAGGAACAGAUUCGUCUCUUUGCCAAGUCAUACCCGUCCAAGCAAAUGGGCUGGGGCCUCUCAGCACAACUUCCUCUAGCCACCUGGGCCUCCCUGAAAGACUUUUUUCUCCAUGACCCAGAAGUGGCUAGUCUCUCGAUCAUUGCUGAUCAUGUUGGCUGCGCGACACCUACCGACAUUGGAAACGCAAGCCUUGAUGAGUUUGUCCAGUUGCUCCAUGCCGGCAGGAUCAAUGUAAAGAUCUCUGCACUAUACCGUAGAUCUGGAGAGGAUGUCUCUACAAUGAAACCAAUCAUCCAACGUUAUGCAGACAGUGCCCCCUCCGCACUAUUGUGGGGCAGUGACUGGCCUCAUGUGGAUGCCUCCAGCCGAAGUUCAGACAGCCAAGUGAUCACCAAAGCGAUAGAUCCCAUCAAAGAGCUUGCACUUUUGCAAGAUUGGUUGACCAGGGAUCAAUUUCGAAAAAUGCUUGUCGAGAAUCCUGGGCGUCUGUUUGGACCUUAG